GUGGCCGUUGACCGCUUGUAUCGUUUCCUCAACGAACAUGUAUUCGAUAGUAAAACAGUUUCGACAGCUAUAGCUGAUAUGGUUUUCGUUGCGGUUAAGAUGCAUCCAUCAUUGUCAUUCGUGCGUUUCUUUUCCUUAAUUAAGAAAAAACUGCAGCAGACAAUUACCACUGAAACGUAUUUGGAAGAAAAGGUUGAUUUUCAAGUGAUCUGGUGGUUGUCCAUGGCAGAUCGUGUUUUAAAGGCUCCUUCGAGCUAUCUGCUCGAAAAUUGGGCUGAGGUGAGAAGUUUGUUGGAGAUAGUGCUGCCUCUUAAGAAGUGCACACUUGCUACUGAGAAAGCCACUGCUAUCCUCGAAAGCGUACUUGAAGGCUUAUGCAGUAUAUAUCUUCUUGAAUCCCCUACUCGACGAGCUAAUGCCGACAAGAGCAUGGAGGAAGAUCUAGCUAUCAGACAUUGGUCAGCUACGGUAGAUAAGAAGACUUGGCAGCCACAAUGGUGA